UGCAUGCAACAAGCGCAUUCGCGAUUCGAUAUCGAUACAUCCGCGAUACAGCUGAAUAUAGUUUGUUGACGGCCAUUUUGACACUGUGAAGCCUUCGAGUGAACAGGACGAACAUUGUUCAUGCUAUCUAUCUCUCGUGAGCGACCAGAUUAUAUGACCACCGUUUUUGCCGGCUUGUGUUUGGAUUUUGAUUACACCUGCGGAACAAUUUUUGGUGUCCCCUGUGACAACCAGAACCACUGCCUGAAGACAGGCUGGGACUUCUAGCUCAAUUUAUUUCUUCCAUAUCUUGUGCAAAAAAAUCUGGAGACACAAUAAUGCAGAGAACUUAAGUCACUGACAUCUGCUUUGUGGAACUCUAAAAAUUCCUCUCUUUUAAAGAGCGGAUCGUACGUAAACACAACUUGUACAUUUUUUGCUGCUUCUGUGAGAAGCAACCCGUUGUUAUAAGAUUAUAAGAUAUUGUUUAUAUAUAUUGUAUAUUUGUAUAUUUGCCAAAGAAAAAAAACUCUUUUACUAUUCAGAUUCUCUAUACAAACGGCAGGCUUUGCCACCUGCUUCUUUAUGUACGGAGUCAACUUUCUUGCACAAAACAAUCAACGAGGAUUCACUCGCGACAGAUCUCAGGGAGAUUGAUAUACCUGCCAUUCCUAGGACAGGAGUGGCAUUUUUGUACUAAACAAAAACUCCAAAAAAAACCAAACGAUCCCACAGUUAGUGGAAUGAUGGCUGCUGCCCCACCACAGUCAGCGGAAGUAUCCAAGAUGAAUAACCAUGGUGCUAACAGUCCAGCGCGAGGAGCCGACGUGAACUCACAGAAGAUGGCUCCACCUACUGCAGGUAUGGCCAAGAUGUCCAUCAAGCAGAACCAGAACGGACCAUCAUCCAACGUUAAUGCCUCGUCUGCUAAACCAGCCACAACAAAUAACUCAACAGGAAAGUCAGACAGCGGAGAUUGGAAGGCUGGCUUGAAGAAACCGCCCAGAGAUGCCAGAAUCAAGACAAGUGAUGUCACAAACACAAAAGGCAACGAGUUUGAAGACUACUGCUUAAGCACCGGUCUCCUCAAGGGCAUCUUUGAGAAGGGAUGGGAGUGGCCAUCACCCAUCCAAGAGGCCAGCAUCCCCAUGGCACUAUCUGGUCAUGACAUUAUUGCUAGAGCAAAGAACGGAACAGGGAAGACAGGAGCAUUUACUAUUCCCAUGCUGGAGCGAACACAAGUCGACAAAAACGAAGUGCAAGGUUUGGUGUUGGUACCAACCCGCGAGUUGGCUCUUCAGACCAGCCAGAUCUGCAAGGAACUGUCGAAGCAUCUUGGCCUUCAAGUUAUGGUUACCACAGGAGGUACUAGUCUCAGAGAUGACAUCAUCCGCUUACAACAGACUGUACAUCUCAUUAUAGCAACGCCGGGCCGCAUCUUGGACUUAUGUCGUAAGGGCAUUGCAAAGCUGGAUAAGUGUGGAAUCCUUGUGUUGGAUGAGGCUGAUAAGUUGCUGUCGCAAGACUUCAAGAACAUGUUGGAUGAUCUGAUCACUUUCCUCCCCAACGACAGACAGAUCAUGCUGUAUUCUGCCACCUUCCCUACGACGGUCAAGUCCUUCAUGCAAAAACAUCUGCCCAACCCGUACCAGAUCAACUUGAUGGAGGAGUUGACACUGAAAGGCAUCACACAGUAUUACGCCUAUGUCAAAGAACGGGAGAAGGUCCAUUGCCUCAACACGCUCUUCUCAAAGCUCCAAAUCAAUCAGUCCAUGAUCUUCUGCAAUUCUACCCAGCGGGUGGAGUUGUUGGCUCGUAAAGUGACGGAGCUUGGCUACUCCUGUUUCUACAUCCACUCUAAGAUGCGUCAAGAGCAUAGAAAUAGAGUCUUCCACGACUUCCGCAUGGGCGCCUGCCGUAACCUGGUGGCCUCAGAUCUUUGCACUCGUGGUAUUGACAUUCAAGCUGUCAAUGUGGUCAUCAACUUUGACUUUCCCAAGCUGUCCGAGACUUACCUGCAUCGCAUUGGCCGCUCGGGCCGUUUUGGCCACUUGGGUCUUGCCAUCAACUUGGUCACCGAGGAUGAUCACCAAAGUCUCUGUCUCAUCGAACAAGAGCUGGCCACCGAAAUCCGCCCAGUACCCAGCGAGGUGGCUAUUGACAAGAGCCUGUAUGUUGCCGAGUUCCAGAUCCCUGGUGGCACUGGGGAAGGAGAGGACAAGAAGAAAUCGGUGUCAGCAGUGGGAUCCAAGGCUCAGCCCAAUAAGCCCAAGCAGGCAGCUGCUAAGUAAAGGUAUCUCAGCUGACAAACGACACUGUCUGUGACAGUCUUCUUGAUUGUUUUUCUUUUUGCCCACUCAGAAAUUGUUUUCUUCAUUGUACAGUCAUUUGAAGUGUUGAAAGAGUUGUUAAGAUUUGAGAAGUGGUUACGACUAAAGACAUUGCUGGAUGAACCAGUUCUGAGCUAUGUUGUUUUCUUCAAAGCCUCUUUCUAAUUUUGAAGUCAUACCAGAAGUUACCAGCUUCAUCCAUAGAGUCUCGAGUCCAGUGUCACAGUCAUAUAAGCAGAAACUGAUAUGAACAUGAAUAAGAUAUGGUAAUGGCUGUUUGGUGAUUAAAUACCAUAAGCUUAUAUGUCUGCUUUAUCUCAGUUUCUGCUAAGCGGCUCUGGAUCAUUUACUGUAGCUUGCUACACAUCCACUCUUAUAUAGAAAGGGGAAGCAAGUCCGAUACAUAAUGAGUAAUGGAGAGCAAUGAUGCAUGUGAUUAACAAGUGUCUUAGGAUCAGCAUCCUGGCUGGCAAAGUGGAAACACUACACUAGUUGAAAAAUUUCUUGUUCCCUUCUAUAGAAGAGUAGUGAAGAUGUUUGUUUCUGUUAGUGUUGCUGGCUAAACUCUUCAAUUAAUAAUGAGAUGUAGACAGAAGUAACCAUUUUAUGUCUGUCCAAGAAAACAGAAUGCCGUUUUUUUUCACAAUUUGGAGAAAAAAAAGCAAAUUUGGGUCUGAAAUUUUGUAAUGAUGUUUAAUUUAUGAGAAGAAAAAUCUUUCAUUUCCUAUAUGUUGUCUGCAAUUGUGCCUGAGCGUUAAAUCAAUGCAGAACUAAAAAGAUACGAAACGGGAAAAAAAUAUGUCAAGUGUUGGAAGUCUGAGUUUGGGCCGUUAAAGCUGGUACUGAAAGAAAAAUAAGGCCCACAUUUUGAAGGAAAACAGAGAGACAACAAAGACAUUUACUUUUUAAGAGCUAAUGCAAGGAUUUUGAGUUCAUAGCCCCAGUGGAGUCAAAAUCCAUGCAAUUUAUUUAAAGACUUAAGUUUCCAGUUUAUGGGUCCUGUUUUUGUGUCAGAACACCAUGCUGCGGUCCUGGGCGAUAUAGAUGGUAUUUGUCAAAGAAGCCUUCAACAGUGUUUUGGGAAAAAGGAAAUAUUGGCUAGGAAGAGGCAAGAAGAAUGUUGCUGGAGCGACCGAUCAGACAUCUCCUUGAGAUCAGUUGCAAAAACUGUCUCACUCUGGUGUAUUCUCUCUGCAAGGAAUGCAGCGUUAAUGACUGCUAAUUUGCGUGGAUUGAUGCUAGCGUCACUGACAACAAAAGAUAACAUUUCAUGGAAGACAGGAUGUGUGAAUGAAUGGCACAAGUUGAGCUGAAAUAUAAGCAAUGACUAGACAAGCUUCGUUACUGGAAGUAACUGCGAUGAUUGACGUGCCUCCUGUUAGACAACGUUUGUCACCUGUCGACGCUAUAUGUGUAAAUGUAAAUAAAACUAGGAAUCGAUGAGCAAAGUGGAGACGUCCGCACCAUGCAGGAUGUGAUCGGUGCAUUGAACGGCUCAGUUGAAGAUUCUCCAAAAGAUGGGAGAGCAAGAGAUUUAGGACACUGUACAUGUGUAUGCUUAGUUCUAAUCUAAUUGUGAGGGAACCGUAAAAGUUAACUGUAGGAAGGCAGUUGCUGUGUGACACCUACAGACAUAAUAUAAAAUGGUACUACAGCAAUGUCAGGACAGCUAUGUAUGUGAGUUGGAGCAGGUUGGAACAGUCCACUAGGAUGUGCUGAUCCUCAGAUCUUGAGUGAUUGAUGAGCUGCUGAGAGAUUCCAAGAAAAGUGCACUUGACGUGUUCACAAGCAGCAGAACCAGUCGGAUUUAAGGACAAAGAAAGGAGACGUGAACAACCGGCGUCUAGCCAGGAGUCAUCAAGUGUGCUGCCUUAAGUCGGCAAACCUGGUCAAGUGGUACUCAUCAAAUCGACGGCAUUAAUGAGGCGUCAUCUUAGUAAAUGGUGUUACUGAGGGUCAAGCACACACCAUGGAACUGAUGUUCAGCUAGGAGACAGCAGCCAUGGUGUUCUCCUAAGUUUGUUCAUGUUCACGUUAUUUUGUUUGUUUGUUCGUUUUUGUGAUUUUUCUUUUUUAAAGUAACGCUCAAACUGUUUCGGUGGAAGUCAUCUUUCUGUUAAGAGUUUGUCUACAUGUUAGUCUACAGACAAGUUUGUGGAGACACAAGAUCUCCCAAUGAGAAAAGAGAUCUUGCUCCACAUUGUCAUUUAACUGUGCAUUUACAUGAAUUGGGAAGGAUUCUUUAUAGCAUGGUUUGAUUGAAGGUAAUAAGAAAAUUCAAUGCACAGCUGGAUGAGUGUCAGGCGUAAUGUCACCCGCUACUCCAUGUGAACAGUGUGAGGAGUGUUUAGGGCUCAUGUAACAGUUACUCCUAUUUUCCCCCAGCCCUUUCUCCAUAAGUUCUAAUGUCACAUCUUUAUUUCCCCCCCCCAUGAUCAUUUAUCGCUUAUUUGGUGUCAGAUUCAAAGCAACGAACAGGUUAUCUUGUAAAGAAAACAAAAUUCACAUCCAUUUUUUCCCUCCCAAAUGUUUCAGUUAAGUGUUGUGCAGCUGAUUUUCUCAUUUUAAUUCGAUAAGCACCAUUUUUUCAAGCACCAAUGUAAACAUUUCUUUAAUCUCUGAGGGAAAAUCUUUUGGUAAAUUUUAGAGAAAAUUCCCUUGAGAUUAAUGAAAAGCAUGCUUGAGGAUGUCAUGUUGCUUUCAUGGAGACAGUGGUUGUGGAGGUUGAAAUAUUUCCACUGGGGCCAAUCACUGUUUCAUUUUCCUGAUUCAGUGCUGGAGAGAUUAGCAUUACACUUGGGGUAUGUACAUUUACAGUCGAGGGUGAUUUGGCAAGUCAAGAAAUUGUCCCUCAUGUUUCUGUCUGCAACAUUUCUCUUGUGUAAAUUUUAUACGAGUACAACCUUGAAGUAUCACUAAACUCAUUACUACUCAGUCACUCUGUAAAUCCAGUCUGCAUGAUGCAGACUUGCUCUGCGUGUUUCAUCUUUGGUGUCCAGACUGAAUUUCCAGAAAUUAUUCCCAUCGUUUUGUAAAUGAAAAGAGCAAGAAGGAACACUUGGAAUCUGAUCAAUGCCUGAAUGGGUUGACCUUGUAGAACAGGCAUUAGGGCCUAAAUUGUGUGGCAAGGUGAGGACCCAGGUGUCGCUUGUCUUUCAUAAUCAGUGACAGGUGGAACCCUGUCUGAUCACACACAAUCUCAAUUUUAGGAGACUUUGUGCGUUGAUCUGACUAACUAGCAUUGGAAACCUAUUGCACUGCUGUGAAGAAUUGUUCACAAAGAUACUUAAAUGUAAUACUUACACAUGUAGGCAGAGCACACUCUUUAUGGGUUCAGUGAGUUACUUUCUUAGUUUGAUUUUGAAAAGUGUUUCAACUUUAGAAGCAAGGUCUGGUUAAAAGCAAGCCAGCUCAGUCUUUGAAUUCCAGGUUUGAAUAUGAAGCCUGCGACUGCUUGCUCAUGGUUGCUUGCUUAUUGACAAAGUCAACUGCAAAUUUUCAAGUGGCAAAACUGUGUGCUAAGUAUUUUACAUUUAAGUAAAAGAUUACUUGCAUAACUUUCUGUCUGAGGGAACUGUCUGUUUGUCUGUCCAUUUUGGUAGUAUUUUGUGUGUUUUUUCUUGUCUAUGUUCAGUAAUGACAGAUUCUGUGCAAUCUCAGUUGCAAGUUUCAUGCUUGCAUGGCAUGUUCAUGUUCAGCAUGACUACUCUCCAAAGUGUUCAGCUUUGUGAAUUCAGGCAGCGUGGGAGUUCUUCGUCGAAGAAUGCCAGUUUUGAAAGCGUUUGUCAAACCCCCGGAGCCAGACAGAUCUAUGAAUGAAGUCUGGCAAUCCACUCAGUGUGUGCUUAAGGCGCAUGUCAUUUUGUCAGCAUUGGAGCAUGGAAGAGAUAAACAGAAUUAACCCUUUCCAGUUCAGUCCCACAGUUGUGCUGAACUGAGCCAAUCUGCAUGUACAUUUACCAAGAAGUAGUUUUCAGUUUGUGUGGUACAAAACGACUUACCAUAGGCAAGGCCUUGAACAUAGGUCAAAGUUCACUUGACUGGUGCAGCAGACGUUAGGUAAAUACCUGUGAAAGUUUCUGGUGUUCAAAUGUUUAUUUUUCUUUCAUCUGUAGGCGUAUACAUGUUCAGUGCUUCACCAUUGAAACCUUUCCAACUAAUUGAAAACCAACUUUCACAAUUUUCCUUUGGUUUCUGUUUAUACUGUGUGCUCUCAAAUGUUGAGCUAAAGACUGGUAUUUUUUUUUGCUGAAUAGAAUCUGCUAAACGUUGGUUCCUAUUAAAGUUGAUCAUACCAAUAAAAAUUGUCAUUUAACUGCAUCAGCUAUUACUAGAGCAAAACAAGCUUUUUUUACCUUUGAAGUGAACCAGCGUUCAGCAGAAAACUGAAAAAUCACAUUAUCUUUUCUGAACAGUAUUGUUUGGAAAACAUAGUCUGAUUUCUAAUUACUUUGCAACAAGAACACUGUUGAAUCAGUUAUAGUGCAGAUGACAUUUAUUCUGUAGGAAUGAUGCCUAGUUGUGUAACAUCUUGGUUCCUUGUCACACUUGUGGGUUCGGAUUCAUCUUGUAUGGCAUCAACAACACUUGUUUAUCUACAGGUACUUGCAUUGUAACUGGUUCUCCUGUGUUAAGCAUGGCGUAGCCACCUGUUCCCGUUGGUGUGUGUGUAUAGCAGAUUUGUACAGCAUCAUCAGGAACAGUAGGCUCAUGCCUUCAUUCAUGUCCUUGUCAAGAAGAUUACUGACCAACAUCAUGCAAGUUAAUUUUGCCUCAAUGGCAGGUAGAACAACUGAAUAUUCACCGACUACUGUGGUUAACCUUGUCAAGAAGUUUUACCGUCUUUUAUCUUAGCCACCUUGUUUGUAAUGGUCACAUGCUGAGUGUGACCACCUUUCAGUUAUCAUGUAAAACAAGCAUACUUUUCCCUGUAAGCCUUGCACAUGUUUAUGUAUGGCAGGUUAACAAUCUGUCAGUUAUCUUCUUGAUAAUAAGUAGAAGUACUAAGGCCUCACGUUUUUGUUUGUUUUUCAGGUUAUGGAUCUGCCAAAGUUUAUUUUAGCCAAACAAAAACAAAAAAUCUCUAGAUUCAUCAUCCAAUUCAGAUACUGUGUCAGACGAAAUCAAAGAUGAACUUUUUAACAGUGUGUCCAAACUAAGAAUCAGUUUCUAACAAGUUCCACCUGCCUAGACCAUUUCCUUGUUUGUGAGUACAUUCACAUGAAAAAAUGGCUGACCUCGAUUCAGAAGUCAGUUUAGAUUGCAUUUCUUGUUCCAGUCCCCUGCAUUUCUCCCUUGCAAACAAAACCAAAAUCCGCAAGCUGAAAAACAAAACAAAAACGUUGUUGCCUAAAGAUGGAGAGACGAUGUUACGACUCUGCCAGUCACUUUCCUGGCGAAAACUCUGUGCUCAGUGGAAAAACUGCAGCACAUUGGUUGGGCUGUGUUUAAGCAACCUGCCUCAGUUGCUCUACUAAGAAAGAAGUUCCUGAAGUUGAAAUUUGUACAACUUCAGUUAAAUUUUUAGAGCGGCUUGAAGUUCACAGUGACUGGUAGAGGUCUGUUAGAUGAAGAUACAAAACCUUUGACUUGCACAUGACACGCCUGUUAAUCAAAAACGUGCAGAAGAUCAGUCGUCUAAUCUUCCAACUUGAAAGAUGUGUUGCAAGAGUUAACCACUGUGACAGGCAUUCCCGUGAGGGCUUUGGCCAUAAAAUGCAACUCGCCAAUAUACUGUGUUUUCUUCACAUCCUAGCAACGCUGGGAGGAAAAAAAAGUCAGUUUUCUGAUUGAAUGACUGAAGAAGAACAGUAAACACAGCAGUAAAUCUUUGUUACAGUUGACCUGCCUGACUUUUGAAGGAAAAAAGUUAUUAGCGCAAAUAUUGAAAACUGUCCAUCGAUUGAAUCAGUUGUCCACUUGUAAAAGGCGUGCCAUGUGCGAAGUCUUGAAAAGGUUGCGUGUGGCUCGACGAAGUAACUUUUGGUCAGCCUUUUAUAUUUGGGGUUUUCCGUGGGGAAGGUUGGGCGGGUUUGAAAACUGUUUCGGUGGGAGGGACUCUGCUCUGCAACUCGGGGUUUCGCAAGAGGUGUUGGGGGGGGGGGUGUCGCAAGGGUUUGACCCGGAUUGUCUCACAACCUAGACUACAAGCAGUAUUUGGUCUCGACCGGGCUAAAGUCUGUCCUGCUAGUCAGAUCAAAAGCGUAUACUAGGACUUCAGAAUCGAGACAAAUUUGCCACAAACAACCCUGAGCCAUUGCCUUAUUGUGUCAGAUGGCUGGAGUAAGGAAUGAUAGUGACUGAUCCAGUCACAGAUAUGUGAUUGUGGGGAAAGACAAAUAUUUGUUGGUAAAAAUGCAGAGUUUGAGUCAGUUGGGCAGUAUUCGUAACUGGGUUGUGAUUUAAAACAAGUAAAGGUUUUUUUAGGUUCAGUGGAAAAGUCCUUCCAGGAUAAUGCCCUCGGAACGUUGUCAGCUUCAGUGUGCCUUGAUCAGUGUGACAGAUGAAUCACUUUGUGUGUCACAGUUCAGGCACAAGGUUUCCCUCCAGCACACGUCUUCUGUUUUCAGCGUGCACUGUUACUGGUAACACAUGUCAUCCAUGUACAUGUGUCUAGCUUAAUUCAUUCCCUGUGCACAGUUACGGAGUGAGGCCAAGCUACAGUGCGUACCCAAAGUUAUUAACAAGCAUGUUUCAAAUAACUUAUGAAAAGGUCAAACUAAAAAUGUAACCACUCAAAUUUUCAAAAUGUAUGCACAAAGUGUCUCGGAAUUCUGCUGAACCCCCCCCCCCAAAAAAAAAUCCGAAAUCUGUUGAUUAUAUAAAACGUAAGCGGGUACUUUAUAUAAUUACUGUCCAAUAAUGGUUGUAACACAAAUUCAAAUCUAUGGAAGUUGGCGCUUUCCUGGAAGGACUUUCUUGUUAAACAUUUCCAAUUUCAUCCGUGGACAAAUGUUAACGAAAGGUUGUCACAUUGUUCACUGUGCAAUUGAACAUGUACCGAACUUGAUCGAAAUGUUGAAAAGACUGAACGAAUAAAAAUCAUUGGGAUUAUGAAACGAAA